ACAUAGAGAGUAAGAGAGAGAGUCAAUGUGAGUGCACUUGUGCCAGUAAAUACAGCUGCCACACAGAGGGAAGGAUAUAAAACUUUACAUCUGCAAGAGAAAGAUUAAACUCUGAAACAGAAUCACACGUUCUCCUGUUGGGAAGCAGGCAGUAGCGAAGAGAACGUGUUCAAUCAGUAAAGACAGAUCAUCUACUGGAGGAGCACAAUUUAUAAACUGUCAUGGCUCCCAGUUUAGCCCAGGCUUACAGGAGGAGGUGGUGGAUGGCUUGUACAGCCAUUGUAGAGAACCUGCUCUUCUCUGCUGUCCUGCUGGGCUGGGGCUCACUGCUCAUCAUGCUGAAGAACGAAGGCUUCUAUUCCCAUCUUUGUACUGAAAAUGAAACUGUCGUCAGCAACGUGACUUCCAUGAAGAGCAGUGGCUGGCGGAGUUGUGUGGAGCAGGAAGAGGUAUUGAAUCUUGGCUUCACCAUUGGCUCGUUCCUUUUGAGUGCAGCCACUUUACCCCUGGGGAUCCUGAUGGACAGAUACGGGCCACGCCCACUGAGGCUCAUUGGCAGUUCAUGUUUUGCAGCCUCCUGUGCAAUGAUAGCUGCCGCUGCAUAUGACCCUGAAGUGCUGUCUGUCCUCAUCUUCCUCGCCGUCUCCUUCAACGGCUUUGGAGGAAUCUGCCUGACCUUCACCUCACUCACACUGCCGAACAUGUUUGGGAACGUACGAUCGACCGUCCUCUCCCUGAUGAUUGGCUCCUACGCUUCUUCAGCCGUCACCUUCCCUGGUGUCAAGGUAAUUUAUGACCUUGGCGUGUCGUUCCGGGUCAUCAUGUGGGUUUGGUCUGGUAUGGCCUGCUUGGUCUUCCUCAACUGCUUCCUAAACUGGCCUGCUGAAUCCUUCCCUGCACCUGAAGACAUCAGAUACACUAAAAAGGUGAAGCUGGACAUGGUUGUGACAGAGGACGAGACGACUGGAGACAGGUGCAUCACCCAUGUGACUGUCAUGGAAGACAGGAUGGGAGCCAAGCAGCCAGAACCCGAGCAGGCAGACUCCCAAAGCGCAACCCAGGGCUCAGUGCCGCUCUGUCAUUCGAUGUGCUCUCCCAUCUUCCUGUGGAGUGUCAUCACCAUGGCAAUGACCCAGCUAAGGCUGAUCUUCUUCAUGGGUGCCAUGAACAAGAUGCUGGAGUUCCUGGUCACCCAUGGCGACCCCAACCCCUCAGAAGAGCUGCAGAAGGAGGUGGAGGAACAAGUUGGUUUCUACUCAUCUAUCUUCGGUACAAUGCAGCUGCUGUGUCUGCUGACCUGUCCUUUGAUCGGCUACAUCAUGGACUGGAGGAUGGCCGAGUGUAAAGAGGAAAAUGCAAACACACAAACAGUUAAGAGCCAAUCAGAUAACCCAAAGAGAGACAGAAAAAUCCAGAAACUGACCAAUGCCACAAGAGCUUUCAUCUUCACCAACCUCCUAUUGGUCACCUUUGGAAUUAUUUCCUUGAUUGACAACCUGCCCAUACAGGUGGUGUCGUUUGUUCUGCAUACCGUAGUGAGAGGAUUUAUCCACUCCUGCUGUGGAGGUCUUUAUGCUGCUGUGUAUCCAGCCAACCACUUUGGGACACUGACGGGCAUGCAGUCGAUGAUCAGUGCUGCUUUCGCCUUGCUCCAACAGCCACUGUUCAUACUGAUGUUGGGACACCUGAGUGGGGAUCCUUACUGGAUCAAUUUGGCCCUUCUCAUCUUCUCGCUGGUUGGCUUCCUGUUGCCGGGCUAUCUGGUUUAUCACCGUAGGAACCUCAUGAAGGCAAAGGCAGAGCAUGAUAGGCUGGCUGCCAGCCAAUCAGACAAAGAGAACACUCUUUUAACCCAGUCAGAUACUGAAACUGAUAAAAGCCAAGUCAACGGGUAUGCGGCUAAUGGAUACACAUAAAAGCAGACAUACUGCUUAGGAUGAUUGACAGGAGUGAAAUGAUCAGUAGUUUAUGAAUAUUCCCUAAAUGCAACCUCAUUGUGGUGUGAAAACUAUGACACACAGCCAAAACAAAACAGGACACAAAAAUAUACACACAGAAAGUUUUAUUUAUUUUAUUUUUUAUCUUCAGCCAGUAAUAGUGUCACAUAUCGGCACGGUUUUAUCAGACCCAGAGGUUUCAUUUAUAACCCUGAUGUCGGGUUUCUCAUCUAGAAAACAGUCUUUGACUUUUCUCAAGAUGCCUUCAUGUGAUCAUGUAAAUGUGCAAGGGCAUAGAACUGUCACUACCAAUAGCUACCGUAGCAAUAAUUAUGAUCCAAUCAGCGUCUAGUGAAUGUAUUCGGUACAAAACCAGUUAACGGCUCUUGCUCUUUAUGGUGCGUUCCAUUUGACGUGGGAAGUCCGAAUUUCCAAGUUCAAAGUUGGAAAGUUGAAUUUCCGAAUUGUGGAACCGCACUACCCCGACUUUGUGGCUGGCUAGUUGUGAACAACGGCUGGCCAAACGAGGUUUUCCGGCUUGUUGACUGGAACGCGUCAACUCGGGAGUGAUGUCAUUCCCAACUCCGACUUCUGAGGUUAAUGGAUCGCACCGUUACUCUGAGUCCCAUUAGUUAUUAAGUUUUAAAAGGUUUUGCCCCCUCUUUCCCCCAUAUGCCUCACAGUGGUUUGGUCUGUUGCCUAUCUUUUUCAGACCCUCCCUUCUAGUUUGAUUGUCCCCAGCAACACUGACGUGAAAAAUCCACCCUUGUAAAGGUGGCUCUGUGGUUAGCACGGUCACUUCACAACAUGCUGCUCCCUGUGUGGAGUUUACAUGUUCUUCUCCUGUUUAUGGGGUUUUGCUUUCUACGCAAACACCUUAAAUUGCCUGCAAGAGAGAAUAUGAGUUCAUGUGAUGGACCAGUGAACUGCAUGCUGGGAAAAGCUUCAGUUCACAAACUUCAAAAAGGACCAUACCAGUGUUUCUGAAAAGCAUAGCUUAAUUUGAGCUUGAUCCCUCAGAGUAAACAGGUGAAAUGUGUUAUCUUGACAUAGCGAGAUCAUUUAGACAUGUAUUUAAUGUCUACUUUAAAUGGUAGCUUCACAAGUCUGUGUUAAAAAAAUAGACAGGUACCCUGAAACAGGUUUUGCUUGCUGUGUUCAUUUUAAGAAAUCCUCUUUGUUUUUUUGCUGAACAAUGUUUCCCAAUUUAGCUGCUGCCGAAGGAUAGUAACAAAAAGGGGGAAUUGUGUACUAAAAAGACUGUAGCUAACUUGGACUGCUGAAGAUUCAUAUUAACUUCAGAUAAACUUUUGAAUGCAUUUUUGCAUGCUGUGCAUGACUUGCAUUAAAAGUACAUUAGGAAGAGGUCUGUUCAUGGUCAUUAUGAUCAGGAGGAAUUAUUAAAGCAAACAAGACCAGUUCAAAACAUUA